CUUUUUACAAAUUGAUAUAUCUCUUAGCGUGUGGACUGGCGGAGGGCUCAGACUCACAUUUCUCCAAAACGGUCACUUGAACUUAUGCCAUUAUGAACAUUUCACAUUCGUUGCCCUCAUAUGUCACUGGAGUGUCCUUCUCGUUUCUAACCACAGAAGACGUUCGUCGCAUUUCCGUCAAGCAAAUCGUCAACCCAGUACUUCUCGAUGACCUAAGUCGACCUAAUGCUGGGGGACUAUAUGAUCCUGCUUUGGGGCCCAGCGAUCGUCAAGAUGUUUGCGCGACCUGCCGUCUCAGUUAUUUUACAUGUCCAGGUCAUUUUGGACACAUCGAACUUCCUGCGCCUGUGUUCCAUCCGCUUUUUUUCCCCAACAUGUACAACUUACUGCGAGGUUGCUGUUUAUGGUGUCACAAAUUCAAGUUGAGUAGGGAAAGUUUGGCAAAAUAUGUUGCAAAAUUCAGGUUACUGGAGUACGGUCUUCUGGAGCCGGCUCAAGCUUUGGACAAGAUAAACCGGAUGGUGAAGCGCCGAGAAAAGGUCAAGAAGGGAAAAGGCAAACAAAAGGCUGGAACAGAGGAGGAAGAUGAGGAAGACGAUGAAGAGGAAGAUGUUGAAAUGACAGCAGCUGAUGAUGACCAAGAGUACGAGAAAGAAGAUGCUUUCCUGGGGAGAAUCAAUUUCUUUGUGACUUUGAUGCUCGCUCGUGCCAAGGCAGCGGGUGGAAAAAGAGGCAGCUACAAGGAUGGUCUUGUGUAUCAGUAUCGAAAAGAGCUCAUCAACGAAUUCUUAAAGGAGACAAUACUGAACAAAUGUCGGAAUUGUAAAACGCCCGCAUUCACGUUCCGAAAAGAAGGUCAUACCAAGGUUAUAGAAUAUGAUCUUUCAGAGAAGCAGAAAAGGUCUGUUUUGAAGAAGCGGCCGGACGUCCUAACUCUAGACAAAGGUCCAAUCAAUACUACCAAACCUCAAAAUAACAUAGCCUCUUAUAUGGAUAAUGAAGAUGCGGAGAUGUCUGACGCGCCGGACUCGGAAGGGGAAGGAGAUUCCUUAGAUGAAGAGGAUGAGGAGGACGAGAACGAGGAUGCAGUGAAUGAAGACCAGCCUAAAGACUCCGAUGGGAAACCUCUUCCUCGCGCGGCCAAUGGCAAAAUUAAAACAAAACGUGGUCGAAAUGAACGCGUCGUAGCUCCCGAAGAAUGUCGUGCCCAUCUCCGACGUUUGUUCCGGAAUGAACGCGUCAUCUGCGCCUUGCUCUAUGGCAAACACGGCUGUUACGCUAAACUCACUUCUGAGGAACUAUCUGAGGCCUCUGCCGAUAUGUUCUUCUUGGAUGUCAUAACCGUCGCUCCAACACGAUUUCGUCCACCAGCAAAGAUGAACGAGGUUCUCUUCGAGCAUCCGCAGAAUGAUCUUCUUGCGCGAGUGCUCAAUACUUCCUACAGGCUUCGUGACUUUAACGACGAUCUACGGGCCGCUUCCCAGAAGGGGGCAGAUUAUGAUGAGAAGAAGCGACAAAAGGUGAUGGAGCAACUGCUCGCAACGUUGAUCCAACUGCAAGUGGAUGUGAACAGCUUUAUGGAUAGUAGCAAGAACCCUCAGGUGGUGAGACAAGGAAAGCUUCCUCCUGCCGGCGUUAAGCAGGGAUUGGAAAAGAAAGAGGGACUGUUCAGAAAACAUAUGAUGGGAAAAAGAGUUAACUAUGCUGCUCGUUCCGUCAUAUCACCCGACGUCAAUAUCGAACCAAACGAAAUUGGUGUUCCUCCUGUGUUCGCCAAGAAGCUCACGUUUCCAGAGCCGGUAACUCCCGCCAACUUUCAUGAAAUGCGCGCAAGAGUCAUCAAUGGUCCGCGGGGAUAUCCUGGAGCAACCAUGGUCGAAUAUGAAGACGGAACUCAGAUUUCUCUCGAUAAGCUAAGUGUUGACCAACGAACAGCUAUCGCCAAUCAACUACUCAAACCUCAAGAAGACAAGGGAGCAACGUUAGGAGGCCGUCGAGGUCUUUAUACUAGGACGCCGGCCAUCAACAAGAAGGUGUAUAGGCAUCUUCGUGACGGAGAUAUCUUAAUUCUGAAUCGUCAACCUACGCUGCAUAAGCCGAGUAUGAUGGCUCAUAAGGCGAGAGUUCUGCAGGGGGAAAAGACUAUUAGGAUGCAUUAUGCGAACUGUAACUCUUACAAUGCGGAUUUUGACGGUGACGAGAUGAAUAUACACUUUCCUCAAAAUCAAGUUGCUCGUGCCGAAGCCGAGAUGAUCGCUAACACAGACAACCAAUACCUUGUCCCGACGUCAGGAAAUCCUCUUCGUGGCCUGAUUCAAGAUCACGUUGUGGCAGGUGUUUGGAUGACCAGUCAGGGUGCCCUUUUCAGCCGAGAGGAAUAUUUCCAGCUCCUGUAUGGUGCUCUGAAGCCUGAAGAAGAAGGUGUAGAUGGACAUCGCCUAGUCACACUGCCACCUGCUAUUUGGAAGCCAAAGCCACUCUGGACUGGAAAGCAGAUUAUAUCCACCGUGUUGAAAAAUAUCACCCCCGAAAAUAUGGAGGGUAUCAACCUCCAUGCUGGUACAAAGGUUCCCGGACAUCUAUGGGGAAGUGAUUCAAAGGAGGACCAGGUUGUGUUUAUGGACGGCGAGCUUCUUUGUGGUGUGCUCGACAAGGCGGCAUUCGGGGCUUCCGACUUUGGUAUCGUCCAUUCAGUGUACGAGCUAUAUGGAGCUGACAUUGCUGGGAAGCUGCUCGGCAUUCUCAGUCGGCUUUUUACCAAAUUCUUGCAGCAUCGAGCGUUCACAUGUCGAAUGGAUGAUCUUAUGUUGACCCCAGAAGGAGACCAAAAACGGACAGAGAUAUUGCAGGAGGGCAAGAAUCUAGGUACGAAAGGAGCUAUCGAGAACUUCCCCUCACUCGACAAUCUGCCGCCACACGAAGUACCCCAAGCGCUGAAGGUGCUAUUGCAGGAGGUUCUGAGGGAUGACAACAAGAUGGCUGGACUUGAUAUGACGGUUAAAAGCGGACUUUCGAAGCUUACUACCAGUAUCGAGAAAGCAGUCAUGCCUUCUGGUCUACUUCGCCGUUUCCCACAUAACCACAUGCAAGCCAUGACACUUUCUGGAGCAAAAGGAAGUGCGGUGAAUGCUCGACAGAUCUCCUGUGCGCUCGGGCAACAGGAAUUGGAGGGUCGACGUGUCCCUGUCAUGGUCAGUGGAAAAACUUUGCCUUCGUUCAAACCCUUUGAAACGAAAGCCAUGGCCGGUGGGUACGUCGCCAGUCGAUUCUUGACAGGUGUCAAGCCGCAGGAAUUCUACUUCCAUUGUAUGGCCGGGAGAGAGGGUCUCAUUGAUACUGCCGUCAAGACCUCCCGUUCAGGAUAUCUGCAGAGAUGUCUUAUCAAGCAUUUGGAGGGAAUUCGUGUCCACUAUGACAACACCGUCCGUGGCAGUGACUCCUCUGUCUACCAGUUCCAGUAUGGAGGCGAUUCCCUGGACGUGACGAAGCAGAAACACAUUCGACAAUUCGAGUUCAUUGCCAGAAAUGAGAAGUCGUUUGUUAACAAGCUCCGUCCGAAGAGCAUUCUUCCAUUUGUCGCGGGAGACGACGCCACUGUCUACAUGAAGAGUGUGAUUAAGCGCAAACCCGCGAAGAGACAUGGAAUGGACCCCUGCCUGGCGUUGUACAGCCCGUCGAGAUAUCUAGGAAGUACUUCGGAGGCUUUUGCGGAUGCUUUGAAGCACUAUACGAAAAAGAACCCUGAUAGAUUGAUCAAGGGCGACUUCGAGGAAAUGUGGAGCACUAGGAAGACACCGUUGAGCGCGGGGACUUUCCGUAUGCUUAUGCAUGUGAAGUACAUGCGGAGCUUGGUCGAGCCGGGAGAAGCAGUCGGCUUGCUGGCUUCGCAGGGUGUCGGAGAGCCUUCAACACAAAUGACACUCAAUACUUUCCAUUUCGCAGGACACGGUGCUGCCAACGUCACUCUUGGUAUCCCUCGCCUUCGGGAAAUUGUAAUGACCGCAUCUCAAAAGCCAAAGACUCCUUCCAUGAACAUGCGAAUCCGUACUGGAAUACCUCAGGAGGAUAUAGACGUCUUCUGUAAACGGGCGAGCAAGCUUACACUUUCCCAGCUCGUGGAAAACGUUACAGUCACAGAGCAACUCCAAGCUGAGGGCGAUUCCCGAAGAAUGCAGUAUACAGUUUGUAUUAACCUGUUUCCGAGGGAGGAGUAUGAAGCCGUACAUGACGUCGAACCGGACGAAAUUCUGAAUGCUUUUGCAGUCAAAUAUCCGCUCAUGCUGAAGAAGGAGAUGACUGCAGAGAUGAAGAAGCUCGAUGACGAUUUGAAAAGUCAAAUUGCCCAGUUGGGUAAAGGGAAGAAGGAGAGAGGAGAUCGUGGAGAGCCAGCAGAUACUGGCGAUGGCGACGAAGAGGGCGCAAGUGGUACAAAAAGAAGGAACGAUGACGAGGGGAGUGAAAUUGGGGAUGGGGAUGCUGAUGAUGAGAAGCGCGCCAGGCAAAAGAAAGAGCAAGCAACGUAUGAAGACGACAGUGAAGAUGAGGAUGAGGAGAUGGGAGCGUACGAUGAUGAUGAGCUGGAAGCGGAACUCGCAGAUGGAGAGGAGAAUGAAGGUCUUCAACAAGAUCCAACAGAUGUCAAACGUGUUUCACAAAGCUUCAAGAACCGAGUCAAACUUGUCGGUGAUUCCUUCCAGAGGAACUUCACUCAGGCAGUAUCGUUCGCUUUCAACGAAACCCAGUGUACAUUCCAACUCGAUCGUUUUCAAUGCCAGCUUGCGUCAGAUAUGCCCAAAUUACUCUUCGUUGGUAUCAUUGAGCGAACUUGUCGUUCAACGGUCAUUCGCGAAAUUCCAGGCAUCACAGACUGUUUCCAAAACAAAGAGGAGGGUAAAAAGGGCGAAGAAUCUGUUCUUACUACUAACGGUUCCAACUUCCGUGGUCUUUGGGAAUUUAUGGCUGACUCGGAUGAGAGCAUCAUCAACGACAACGAGGUUUACUCUAACGAUAUCUACGCAAUUCUAAAAACUUAUGGAGUCGAAAUGGCAAGGGAGGCCAUCUUGCGGGAAAUGAGUGGUGUAUUCGGGAUAUACAAGAUUCAAGUGGAUAGACGUCACUUAGAGCUAAUAGCUGACUACAUGACAUUUGAAGGCGGUUACAAACCGUUCAACCGCAAAGGGAUCUCCACAAAUUCAUCACCUUUAUUAAAAGCUUCGUACGAGACGACGGCUGCGUUCUUGUCGGACGCAACCUUGUACGGGGAUUUUGACGAUCUCACGACACCAUCUGGUAAUAUUGUUUUGGGGCGCCCGAAUCAGACUGGAACCGGUGUAUUCGAUGUCCGGAUGCCUACUGAGCCACGGUAGCAUGUUGUUCUACGCAUUGUUCGCCGCAAAAGUAAAUUCAUUGUCGAUGUAAUUUUUGUUGAUUUGAAAUGUCAUCUCUAUAUGCACCCGUAAUACUGCUGCAGGUUC